AAAAAAAACCGACUCCUUUCUGCAAAUUUAUAUUUCUCUCUUUCUCUCUCUGCUCUCUGCCCUCUCUCUCUCUCUCUCCUCUGCUCCGUUCUUCUUCUGGUAACUGCCUUCUCUGUGCCGCUACGUCGCCGUUUUUGUGGGCUCUAUAUCUCUUUUGAAAGGCAUUGUAAAGGAUCAUCAGUUCUGUAUAACAAUCAGUACUAGUACCACUAAGAGUACAUGACUAAUAAUGGUGGUGCUGUAAAUAUUAGAGAACCUAGAGGCUAAGUUGAUCUAAAACUAUUGGAAUGAUUUAACAUGGCCCAACAGUCAUCUCGCCUUCAUCGCCUGCUCACUCUCUUGGAUGCUGGUUCUACGCAAGCAACAAGAUUUACAGCUGCUCGUCAAAUAGGGGAUAUUGCCAAAUCGCAUCCUCAAGACUUAACUUCUCUUCUGAAGAAGGUUUCUCAAUAUCUUCAUAGUAAAAACUGGGAUACAAGGGUUGCUGCAGCUCAUGCUAUUGGGGCUAUUGCUCAGAAUGUUAAGCACACAUCGUUGUCUGAACUUUUUGCUUGUGUUGAAAAUAAAAUGUUGGAGGCGGAGAUCUCUGCUGAUGCUGAAUAUGUGCUGACAUGGCCUUUUUUUAAUUCUAAAAUUAUAGGCUCCUCAUUUAAAAGCUUUGAUAUCAACAAGGUGCUUGAGUUUGGUGCUUUAUUGGCAUCUGGGGGACAGGAGUAUGAUAUUGUGAGUGACAGUAUGAAGAACCCGAGAGAGCGUUUGGCUCGCCAGAAACAAAAUCUUCGUCGCCGUUUAGGUUUGGAUGUUUGUGAGCAGUUCAUGGAUGUCAGUGAUAUGAUAAGAGAUGAGGACCUUAUUGUGCAGAAAGUUAACUCACUUGGCAAUGUGAUAGACCAAAGAGUUUACAUGUCGUCAUCUGUACAUAAUAUCCAGCAACUAGUAGCAAAUAUGGUUCCUAGUGUUAUAUCUAAGAGGCCAAGUGCAAGGGAAUUGAAUCUCCUAAAACGAAAAGCAAAAAUAAAUUCGAAAGACCAACCAAAGUGUUGGUCUGAGGAUGGAGAUACUGAGGCAUCGUUUGCUCAAAAUUUGACAACACCAAAGGGCCAAUGUCCUGAUUCAUCAAGUUGUGAUAAGCCAUUUAUGGAUGUUAAUAAUGACGAAGACAGCUUGGAGCAUGAUGGAGAUGGGCGGUGGCCCUUCCGUAGUUUUUUUGAGCAACUCAUCCUUGAUAUUUUUGAUCCAGUUUGGGAGAUUCGCCAUGGUAGUGUCAUGGCCUUGAGGGAAAUUUUAACUCAUCAAGGUGCAUCUGCUGGGGUGUUUAUGCCUGACUUGAGCUGGGAUAGUGCACUUUUUGUUGAACUAGAAGAUAAAGGUAUAUCAAAUACAAUGAAGAGAGAGAGAGAGAUUGAUUUGAAUAUGCAAGUUUCAUCAGAUGGGCUUCAGCCGGAUCUGAAGAAGCCUAAGUUUGAAGAUGUGUCAUCCUCAACAAUGGCCAAUAUUGUCUCUUCCAGUGAGGUUGGCAAUUUUGAUGUCUGCAUGAAGGUUGAUCAUGAGUGGAAUUUGCCUUCUGGGCUAGAUAAUGGCCAGUUGAAUGUUACUCCUGUUAAGGUGGAGCCAGAAUCUUUUCUUGAUGGUGCCUGCUAUUCGUGUGAAGAUGCUGCUGAUACCGCUGAGAUGAAGGGUUAUGCUGAGGAUAAGGUUUCCAUUGGAAAAGCAGAUCUGCUGAAAAAUAUUCCUGAAAAUUGUGAGCUGAUGAACUUCGUUAAACUAGCUAGGCAUUCUUGGCUAAAAAACUGUGAAUUUCUUCAAGAAUGUGCAAUUCGUCUAUUGUGUGUGUUGUCUCUUGACCGAUUUGGUGAUUAUGUAUCGGAUCAGGUUGUUGCUCCUGUACGGGAGACCUGCGCUCAAGCAUUAGGUGCCGUGUUUAAGUACAUGCAUCCCACAUUAGUUCAUGAAAGCUUAAAUAUAUUGCUGAAAAUGCAGUGUAGACCAGAGUGGGAAAUUCGUCAUGGGAGUCUUUUGGGUAUCAAGUAUUUGGUUGCUGUGCGGCAGGAGAUGCUUCAUGACUUGCUUUCUAGCAUUCUCCCUGCAUGUAAAACUGGGUUGGAGGACCCUGAUGAUGAUGUUCGAGCAGUUGCGGCAGAUGCUUUAAUACCCACAGCGGCUGCUAUUGUUGCUCUAGAGGAUCAUGUGUUACAUCCAAUUGUGAUGCUACUUUGGGAUAUAUUACUUGAUUUGGAUGAUUUAAGCCCAUCCACCAGCAGUGUAAUGAAUCUUUUGGCGGAAAUCUAUUCCCAGGAAGAGAUGAUACCUAAGAUGUUUGGAGCUUUGACGUUGAAAGAGAAUGAGGAGUUUGAUCUAAAUGAAGUUGGCUGUGGUGAUGAUGCUGGAGGGAUAAUUUCACGGGAAAAUCCUUAUAUGUUAUCCACACUGGCACCACGGUUAUGGCCAUUUAUGAGGCAUAGUAUCACAUCAGUCCGUUAUUCAGCUAUUCGCACUUUGGAGCGGUUGCUUGAAGCAGGCAGCAAAAGGAAUAUUCUUGAGCCUUACAAUACUUCAUUUUGGCCUUCUUUUAUUUUGGGUGAUACCCUUAGGAUUGUUUAUCAGAAUUUGCUGCUGGAAUCAAAUGAGGAAAUCUUGCAGUGCUCAAUGAGGGUUUGGAGGCUUCUUCUCCAGUGCCCAGUGGGGGACUUGGAAAAUGCUGCUAGGUCAUAUAUGUCUUCUUGGAUAGAACUUGCAACAACUCCAUAUGGUUCAGCAUUAGAUGCUACAAAAAUGUUUUGGCCUGUUGCCCUUCCACGAAAGAGUCAUUUUAGAGCUGCAGCUAAAAUGAGAGCCGUGAAACUUGAAAGCGAGUCUUGUAGAAAUGUUGUCUUGGAAUCUACAGCUGCCAUUGUUCCACAAGAAAGAAAUGUAGAUGUUUCUGCCAAUCCAGUUAAGGUAAUUGUUGGUGCUGACGUGGAAAUGUCAGUAACUAAUACCAGAGUGGUUACGGCAUCAGCAUUGGGGAUUUUUGCUUCUAAAUUGCAUCUGGGGUCUAUGCAAAAUGUAAUUGAUCCACUGUGGAAUGCACUUUCCUCUUCAUCUGGGGUCCAAAGACAGGUGGCAUCUAUGGUUCUUAUUUCAUGGUUUAAAGAAAUUGAGAGCAGUGAUGGCUUAGGAAUCUCUGUAGUUGCACCUAAUGUUCCCAGUCAUCUCAAAGAAUGGCUGUUGGAUUUGUUGGCAUGCUCAAACCCUGCAUUCCCUACAAAGGAUUCACUUCGUCCUUAUGCUGAGCUUUCAAGAACAUAUUCGAAGAUGCGUGGUGAGGCUACCCAGUUAUUACGUGCUAUUGAGUCACCUGGCAUGUUUAAGGAUUUGUUGACUACCAUCAGAAUUGACUUGGAAAGCUUGAGUGCAGAUGAUGCAAUUAAUUUUGCAUCAAAAGUUCCAACGUUGGUUAAUGAUAAUGUUGUUAGUGAAUCUUUGGGAGCGCAGAUUGUUGAUGAUGUGGAGUCAUUAAAACAACGACUUUUGACGACUUCGGGGUAUUUAAAAUGUGUUCAGAGUAAUCUGCAUGUUACUGUGUCUGCCUUAGUUGCUGCUGCAGUUGUCUGGAUGUCAGAGCUUCCUGCACGACUCAAUCCAAUUAUUUUGCCUUUGAUGGCUUCAAUAAAAAGAGAGCAGGAGGAAAUACUGCAGCAGAAGGCUGCUGCAGCACUGGCGGAGCUUAUUUUUCAUUGUAUUUCACGUAGGCCUAGCCCAAAUGAUAAGUUAAUCAAGAAUAUAUGUAGUUUAACGUGCAUGGAUCCUUGUGAGACACCUCAAGCAGGAGUCAUCAGUUCCAUGGAGGUAAUCGAUGAUCAGGGUCUCCUAUCCUUUGGAACUAGUAUAGGUAAACAGAAGUCAAAGGUACACAUGCUGGCUGGAAGUGAAGAUCGGUCAAGGGUUGAGGGCUUUAUCAGCAGACGUGGGUCUGAACUUGCAUUGAGGCAUAUCUGUGAGAAGUUUGGUGCUUCAUUAUUUGAGAGGCUUCCUAAACUUUGGGACUGCCUUACCGAAGUUCUUAAGCCUUCCAAUACUGAGGGUGUGAGUCCUGCAGAUGAAAAUCAAGUCAUGCUAGCUAUUGAAUCCAUUAAGGAUCCCCAGAUCUUGAUAAAUAAUAUUCAGGUAGUACGUUCCAUUGCUCCUAUGCUGAAUGAGGUUUUGAAACCAAAACUACUCACCCUUCUGCCUUCCAUUUUCAAAUGUGUUUGCCAUUCCCACAUUGCUGUUAGAUUAGCUGCUUCUAGGUGCAUCACUUCAAUGGCCAAAUCAAUGACUAAAGAUGUGAUGGGAGCUGUUAUUAAAAAUGCCAUUCCCAUGUUAGGGGAUAUGACAUCUGUCCAUACCCGACAGGGUGCUGGCAUGCUCAUUAGUUUGCUUGUUCAGGGACUGGGUGUGGAAUUGGUCCCUUACGCUCCUUUGUUAGUUGUUCCUCUUCUGAAGUGUAUGAGCGACAGUGAUCAGUCUGUCAGGCAGAGUGUGACACAUAGUUUUGCUGCCCUUGUGCCACUUCUUCCAUUAGCACGUGGCCUUCCCCCACCUGAUGCUGUGAAUGAAGAUUUAUCUAGAAAUGCUGAAGAUGCACGGUUUCUGGAGCAACUACUUGACAACUCCCAUAUUGAUGAUUACAAGCUCCAUACUGAACUGAAAAUGACAUUGAGAAGGUAUCAACAGGAAGGUAUAAAUUGGUUGGCAUUUUUAAAACGAUUCAAGCUUCAUGGAAUCUUAUGUGAUGAUAUGGGCCUUGGUAAGACACUUCAAGCAUCUGCAAUUGUGGCAUCUGACAUAGUUGAGCAUCGCACUCUGAAUAUCGGUGAUGAUCUUCCACCGUCUUUAAUAGUUUGUCCAUCGACCCUUGUUGGACACUGGGCCUUUGAGAUAGAGAAGUAUAUUGAUGAUUCUGUAGUAUCUACUCUCCAAUAUGUUGGUUCUGUUCAAGAGCGCAUUUCUCUUCGGGGACAUUUUAAUAAGCAUAAUGUUGUGAUAACAUCAUAUGAUGUGGUUCGUAGAGAUAUUGAUUAUCUUGGACAUCUUCUAUGGAAUUAUUGUAUUUUAGACGAAGGUCACAUCAUCAAGAAUGCAAAAUCUAAAAUUACACUCGCAGUAAAGCAGUUGAAAGCCCAGCACCGCCUUAUACUGAGUGGAACACCAAUCCAGAACAACAUCAUGGAUUUAUGGUCUCUCUUUGAUUUCCUAAUGCCGGGGUUUCUUGGAACGGAGAGACAGUUCCAAGCCAUGUAUGGAAAACCACUGCUAGCAGCUAGAGAUUCUAAAUGUUCUGCCAAGGAUGCUGAAGCAGGGGUACUUGCUAUGGAAGCACUGCACAAACAGGUGAUGCCAUUCCUUCUCCGUCGAACAAAAGAUGAAGUCCUGUCUGAUCUGCCAGAGAAAAUUAUUCAGGACAGAUACUGUGACUUGAGCCCUGUGCAAUUAAAACUGUAUGAACGAUUUUCAGGGGCAAAUGUAAGGCAAGAAAUCUCAAGUAUUGUAAAACUAGAUGAUUCCGCAGAUAAGGGCGAAGGAGGUAGUUCAACCAAAGCAUCUUCCCAUAUUUUCCAGGCACUUCAGUACUUGCUAAAACUUUGUGGUCAUCCAUUGCUUGCCAUCGGUGAAAAGGUUCCAGAGUCAUUGAAAUACCUUUUGUCAGAACUCCUACCUGCAAAUUCAGACAUUAUUUCAGAACUUCAUAGACUGCACCACUCUCCCAAGUUAGUUGCUCUUCAGGAGAUUCUUGAAGAGUGUGGGAUAGGUGCUGAUGCUUCAAGUUCUGAAGGUACCAUUGCAGUAGGGCAGCACAGAGUUUUGAUAUUUGCCCAGCAUAAAGCCUUUCUAGACAUAAUUGAAAGAGAUUUGUUUCACACUCAUAUGAAGAACAGUGUCACAUAUCUGCGGUUGGAUGGAUCAGUUGAAUCUGAAAAACGUUUUGACAUUGUUAAAACAUUUAAUUCUGACCCUACUAUUGAUGCCCUACUACUUACAACACAUGUUGGUGGGCUUGGUUUGAACCUAACAUCUGCAGACACCCUGAUUUUCAUGGAGCAUGAUUGGAAUCCAAUGCGAGAUCAUCAGGCAAUGGACAGAGCACACAGGUUAGGUCAGCGGAAAGUCGUGAAUGUCCAUCGACUCAUAAUGCGUGGCACUGUGGAAGAGAAAGUUAUGAGCCUCCAAAGGUUCAAAGUUUCAGUUGCUAAUGCUGUCAUUAAUGCAGAGAACGCUAGUAUGAAAACUAUGAACACAGACCAAUUGCUUGAUCUAUUUGCAUCAGUAGAACCCUCUAACAAGGGAGCUUCUGUACCGAAGAAUUCAGAUAGAAAUGUUGAUGUAGAUACAAAAUUGGUGGGCAGUGGAAAAGGGUUAAAAGCCAUCCUUGGUGGACUCGAGGAACUCUGGGAUCAUUCACAGUAUACCGAAGAAUACAAUUUGAACCAAUUCUUGGCAAAGCUUAAAGGCUAAACCCAACUCUGCUCCCUAUGUGCAUACCAUAUAUUAUUAGACGAAAGUUGGGACUCAAAUUUUGACAUUGUCCUCUUUAGUUUUUUCUGUCCUUUGGCCUUUUUUAUUUUUGAAUUUUUGUCUCCACUUCGCUUUUAUAAUUGCACGAGGUUAGGGAGAUGUUGGUUUAAGUCAUUGGUAUUGGGAGGGAGCUUGGUAUGAGGGAUGGGAGAAAUUUUUGACCAAGAAUGGCUUUAGGGAGGAAAGAGUUGUAUAUUUCGGAUAUUGUAUAUACAAUCAAUAUAUCUUUUUCAAAUUGAAAAU